AUGAGCGACUUCAAUAUCAGCGACGCCCUUACGGCGUAUCUCGACGAUCCACACGCGAUCCCGACUCCAGACGCAGACCAGGCGCUCGUCGACUGCGAAAACGACCCCGACGCCUUCUCGCCAGGCCUCGUCAACAGCGUACUCAAUGCAAUAGUCGAUGCGAUUGGAGAGAAUCCUCAGGCGAUUCUCCAAGCAAGCCACCUGGACAGCUUGCAGUUUCUGCUCAAGUGCGUGCCCGGACGACCCCCCGAACAGCACUCUGCUGUGCAAACAGAGAACCGCCAUUCUAACAGUGAGCUUUUUGCUCUUUCUAGACAAGCCUCCUUCCUCCCGACCGCAUCGCUCGGGAAAGUCUUCGAUCUCGUAAUUAGUGGUCUGGGUGCGGAGGCAGAGAUUGUGCACCAUGAGGAACACGAGGGCGAGACGGAGAUCGCGCAGCACAAGCAAAUACUGGAAAUUUUCGCUUUCCUCCUGCAAUGGUGCAUUUCGGCAGUAGAAGCCAAGAGCGCGGAGAGGCCUGCUGCGCCUGCGAGAGGAAAGGGUGCAAAGAGCAAGGCUGGACAGAAGGAUGGCAACUGGGACCCUUCCGGCCAGUUGCAGACCGCACUGGAUACCAUGGCUAAGGUCAUGAAGCUGAAGCUCUCCAGGAUCUUUGUGACGACAAGCGAGCGGGACACAUUUAUCGGGCUGUUCACAAGACCGACCUAUCACAUUCUCGAGAGCGAGACGAGAGUCAAGAGCGCAGCGAUUCGAAUGCACGCUUUCAAAGUCCUGUGUGUCGCCAUAAAACAUCACGGGCACGCCUAUGGUGCGCAGACUAGCAUCAUCCAGAACUUGACCUACUUCGAGCACCUCGCGGAACCGAUGGCUGAGUUCCUCCAGAUUUUGGCUGAGCAAUACGAUUACGCGCAGCUUGCAGAGGAGGUCAUGAAGGAGCUAUCAAACAAGGAGUUCAGUGCUAAUGACACCAAGGGGCCCAAAUCCGUCUCAACUUUUGUUGCACGUCUCUCCGAACUGAUUCCGCGGGUCGUGCAGAGACAAAUCACAUACCUGGCCAAGCUUUUGGAGAGUGAGAACUACACUCUUCGCUGCGCAAUCAUCGAAGUCUGCGGCAACUUGAUCUCUAUGCUGUCAAAAUUGGAGGAGAGCGAGCGUGGAGAACAGACCAAGGGCCAAAUCAAUGCGUUCUUCGAUGUCCUGCAGGAACGAUUUCUGGAUGUCAAUCCCUACUGUCGAUGCAGAGCCAUUCAGGUCUACGCCAAGCUGUGCGAUUUGGACACUAAAUACCCUAAGCAGAGGCUGAGGGCUACUGAACUGGCAGCCCAGAGCCUGGAGGACAAGUCGUCCAAUGUGAGACGAAACGCUAUCAAACUCCUUGCGAAACUCAUCGGCACUCAUCCAUUUGCUUUGAUGCACGGGGGCCAGCUGAGCCAUGAACAGUGGAGCGAGAGGUUAGAAGCAUGCGAAAACGAGAUUGCCAAGUUGAAGCCUCCCGCUGGAACUCCUGGCCUGGGCGAGCGGGCAGAGAACGAGCAGACCGUCGACGCGAGUCUGCUGAAUGAGCCGACGCAAGUGGAGAGCAGCAACAAGGACCCGCUCAGUGAAGAAGAGAAGAUGGCUGCUCUCGAGAAAGCCCAAGAGCAGGCUGCGACUGCUGAAGCCAUUGAGAAGCUCAAUCUGACCCGUCGCUAUUAUGUCGAGGCGCUCCGCUUCAUCGAGACACUACACGAAGCAUCGCCUCAUGUCACACAGCUUCUCUCGUCGAAGAACAAGAGUGAGGUGAUUGAGGCCAUGGAUUUCUUUGUCACGGCAGAUGCAUACGAUCUCGAGACGGCAAGAAUUGGCAUCCGGCGCAUGCUGCGUCUGAUCUGGACCAAAGGGAAUAGCGACGAAGGCAAAGGUGUCCAGACGCAUCUGAUCGAGGCAUACAAAGGCUUGUUUUUCACGGCACCAGGCAACUUCAACGCGAACGAUGCUGCGAACUAUGUCGCUAGGAACAUGAUCAGCUUGACAUUUGGCUCCAGUCCAGCUGAACUCACCAGUCUGGAGCAAUUGCUUGCAACUAUGAUGAAGGAGAAGUUCAUCAACGACCUGGUCAUUCAAAAGCUUUGGCAAGUGUAUGGUGUCCAGAAGAAGGAGAUAUCCAAGUCGCAGCGUCGGGGAGCGAUCAUCGUUCUGGGCAUGUUGGCAUUAGCUGAUCCAGAUAUCGUCGUAAAGGAGAUGGAGACUUGUCUUCGAAUCGGUCUUGGUGGAAUUGGGCGACGAGAUCUGGUACUCGCUCGAUACACGUGUAUCGCUCUGAUGCGCAUGACCAACAGCAAGCCAGCGAAAGGGACAGAGAGCAAGCCCAGCACGCGACUUACCAACGAUCAUGUCGUGCUCAUUCGUCUUGCCAGCUUGUUGGAGAUUGAGAGUGAAAACCGAGAUUGGUAUGGUCUGGCCGAACAAGCCAUUGGCGCCAUCUACGCACUUUCAAAGCACCCAGACGUGCUGUGCUCCGAGAUCGUUCGACGUAAGACAAAAGCUGUGUUUGCGCGGAAACCAGAGUCUGCUGCGCGGAAGAACCCAGAAGACCGCGACCCGAGCCAGAUGGACAACGACGGCGAUGUGGAAAUGAGUGACAUGCCUGAAGAUGCUCCAGCGGAAGCAGAGCCUCAGCAAGAAGUCGAAGCGGCGGCAUCUGAUGAGCCCAGUGGCGGCACCGCGCUGGCCCUCUCGCAAUUGCUCUUUGCUGUUGGUCACAUUGCGCUCAAGCAGAUUGUGCACCUCGAACUUUGCGAACAAGAUUUCAAGCGCCGCAAAGCCGACAAGGAAAAGUCCAACCCUGGGUCGGCAAGGAAGGCGCCCGGCUCUCGACAAGUCUCUGCUGCAACGAAGAACGACAAGAAGGAGCAUGAGAGUCAAGAUGAGCUCGAUCUCAUUGCUGGAACGACAGAAGAUGACUUCACGGACGCCAUUGCCCACGUUCGCGAACGCGAGCUGCUUUACGGCCAGCAAUCGCUUCUCGCCCACUUUGGACCUCUGGUGAAAGAGAUAUGCAGCAACAACACAUCAUAUCCCAAUGCGGAGCUGCAGGCGCAAGCCGCGCUCUGUUUGGCGAAGCUGAUGUGUUUGAGCUCGGAAUAUUGCGAGGCCAAUCUGGGCCUCCUGAUUACGAUACUGGAGCGCUCGCCGUCUUCGAUCACCAGGAGCAACCUCGUGGUGGCUCUUGGAGACAUGGCAGUCUGCUUCAACCACCUCAUCGACGAGAACACCGACUUCCUCUACCGCCGUCUGUCUGACGCUAGCCUCCAGGUCAAGAGAACCUGCCUCAUGACCUUGACCUUCCUGAUACUUGCUGGGCAAGUGAAGGUGAAGGGUCAGCUGGGCGAGAUGGCCAAGUGCGUGGAAGACAGCGACGAGCGGAUGCGGGAGAUGAGUCGGAUGUUCUUCGCUGAGCUGGCGGGCAAAGACAACUCGGUGUACAACCACUUCGUCGACAUGUUCAGCUUGUUGUCUGCGGACGAGGGUCUGGAGGAGGACAGUUUCAGGAAGAUUAUCAAAUUUCUGGCAAGCUUUAUUGAGAAGGUGCGUCACGUUGCUUGCAUCGAGGGUGGUUAUUGUACUGACAGUAUACUCUACAGGACAAGCAUGCCAAACAACUGGCGAGCAAACUGGCGGCCCGACUGCAGCGAGCCGAGAGCGAGCGACAGUGGAAUGACGUCGCAUAUGCUCUCGGUCUGCUGCCGCACAAGAAUGAAGAUAUCACCAAGAUGGUGGCUGAAGGCUGUCGAGUGGUGGAAACGAAUGCAUGA